AUGCUGUUUAUUCAGUGGGCCGACGAUUUCGUUAAGCGGGACGACGAUCCCACCGAUACUGCUGUUGAGGCGGCUGCCACCUCCUCCGAUGUGGUGGCACCGCCGAUGAAGGUGCCGACCCUGGACGGUAACCCCUUCAUCACCCACUACCAUAACCCCCUGGGGACGGUGUUCAUUGCCGUUGGCGCCAUCGUUGGGGCAAUCUUACUCGGUCUCAUCUUAUACUACUUGAUCAUCGGUAUUGUUGCUGGUCAACUCGCCAAGCGGAACGUGAAGCGUGAGAAGCAGGAGAAGGAGAAGUACAACCACAACGCCGCUGCCUACGGCUACGGUGUCACCCUGAAUUACAUGGACCCCAUGGGCGACUCGAAGGUGCCUCUUCUUCGUCGUACGCUGAACGUUGGCUCCAGCAUGUUCACCCCUGGCUCCUUGCUGAACGGCGCUGACAACUCCACCCUUAACAUGCUGGAAGUGGGCGCCAUGUCCAACCAGGAUUUGACCAAGAUGUUUGUAUCGCCCACCGCCGAAAUGCAACACAAACGCGCCAAGUCAUAUACCCCCCUGAUGCUGAAUUUGCUGUUUGUCAACAAUCUGUCUUCGCAUUUGCCCGGUACCCCUGGCCAGCGUCACCUGAUGUUCGUGCCUCUGGUGUACAUGGAGCCCAACGCGCUGGAAUCACAGUUGCUGGUCCCUGGUACUCGUACUGGUGAAAAGCGCAAAACCAUUCCAUCCAUGUACUUGGAGGACUUGAUUGAUUUAGACAAGCAAUGA